AGUCCUGUACCUGCCAUGCCCACGAAAGGAUUUACACCAGCUGCCCCGGUUCAUAGCAAUAAAGAAGAUCCAGCUACCCAAACGAAUUUGGGAUUUAUCCAUGCAUUUGUCGCUGCCAUAUCAGUUAUCAUUGUAUCUGAACUGGGCGAUAAGACCUUUUUUAUAGCGGCCAUCAUGGCAAUGCGCUAUAACCGGCUGACGGUCCUGGCGGGGGCCAUGCUCGCCCUGGGCCUGAUGACGUGCUUAUCAGUUUUGUUUGGCUACGCCACCACAGUCAUCCCCAGGGUGUAUACAUACUAUGUUUCAACUGCAUUAUUUGCCAUUUUUGGCAUUAGAAUGCUUCGAGAAGGCUUAAAGAUGAGUCCAGAUGAAGGUCAAGAGGAACUAGAAGAAGUGCAAGCGGAAUUAAAGAAAAAAGAUGAAGAAUUUCAAAGAACCAAACUCUUAAAUGGACCAGGAGAUGUUGAAACGGGUGCAAGCACGACGAUACCUCAGAAAAGAUGGCUGCAUUUUAUUUCACCCAUCUUUGUUCAGGCUCUUACAUUAACAUUCUUAGCAGAAUGGGGUGAUCGCUCACAACUAACUACAAUUGUUUUGGCAGCUAGAGAGGACCCGUAUGGUGUAGCAGUGGGUGGGACAGUGGGCCACUGCUUAUGCACUGGAUUGGCAGUGAUUGGAGGAAGAAUGAUCGCACAAAAAAUCUCUGUCAGAACUGUGACAAUCAUAGGAGGCAUCGUAUUCUUGGCGUUUGCAUUUUCUGCACUGUUUAUAAGUCCCGAUUCUGGUUUUUAACAAGCCGUUUGCUCAUUUGUAUUUCGUUAAGAUAGGUAACUCUUGUGUUUAUAUAUACAUAGUGUACAUUGUAACUAAAAGUGACAGAAAAGACUGUAUUUUGUAGCAUUGAUUUGCGAGUUUGACCCAUAAUGAAAGUAUUAUGUCCAGAAGAAAUAAUCAUUUAUUCUUUUGCAACAUGGAUUUUUAAAAGAAACCUGAUAUCCAAGUGUGGAUUUUUCUUUUCUCCAGCAUAAUUAUGUUAGUAUGAUCACUGUUUUUUUCUUUUAGUAUUUGUGGGGUUUUUUUGGUGGGAGAGGGUAUAUACAUAGAACCACUGUACAGUGGGGUCUAGCCUUGAUUUUCUUUCAGCACUGACCUCUUUAAUGAGGAAGAUAUAUUUUCUCCUGGAUUUGCCUUAAAAUUUUUCUUGGGGGAGGAAUGAAUUUUUAGCUUUUAAAAUAUUAAGCCAGAAAGCAGUGUAAUCACAAGUCUUUAAAAAAAAAUUUUUUUUUUUUUUUUUUUAAAGAAUAAUGUAUUACUGUUAUAACAUGAUGAGAAUUGUUUGCCAGGUCCAUUCUCCCUCCCUUUUUUUUUUUUUUUAAAUUGGGUAAGAAACCCAAUAUAAAAACAGUCAAUAUUUGACAAUGUGGAAUUACUAAAUUAAAAGAGAAUACUAUGAGUGUAUUCAUAUUUUUUCUAUAUUGAAUAAACCAUGUAACAUAGAUACAGUGUAAAUAAAAGUGGUAUGACCAGA